CGCUGACGACGGAACAUUGAUCGGAGGACACAGACAGUGAGAGCAAGCGAACGGGAAGAACGUGUGAAGCCACCGUUCACCUAUCGCUUCGCCGUUUGACUUUGGUCUCUGUUAUCCAUAGCCGCGAUCGUGUCCUGCACGAUGAUACCAUAGUACAUCGCUGCAGGUGCCGUUAGUUUCGCUGCUUCUCUUCGCAGCAGCAUUAUUACUAUUGUCAGCAUUGCUACUGGUGUCUACUCGGCCGUCUAUUCUCGUUCGUGACGAGACACCUCUUCCCGUCGUCGUCGCGACCGGCACCCAUCCCUCGUAGCCACUACCAUGUCGGGCAUAGAAGACACAACAUUAGCACCAGUAGAGGCAGACGACGCUAAUAAAGAAACCACACUCCAAGAUGACACCAAGCUAGAGGCCACAACACUCCCUCAUAUCAACAUGGCGGAUCCAGUCGAAGCGGCUUCUACUGCGCAGAACAAACGAACAGAGCCUGCCGACCUCGAUCCGAGCAGAAUGUCCUUCUCCUCGCUGUAUCACCCUGGCCGAGGAAUGCUGUCUGCCGGGCCAGACUCUUCUGCUGGAGGUUCUGAUCUUGAAGGUUCAACUCGAUUUGAAGGCAGCGAUCGGGCCACCACGGCUACCAACACUCUUAGCAUUACCACCACUAGCCAGAAUGGUGCAUUAUCGCCCUCGCCGAGUCGAGACCCACACUUCCAUGUCUCUCAGUCUACUCCCGCAAUCUCGUCGCUCAACGGCGCCAUGUCACCUCCCUCAAUCACUGCGAGACAAGGCCGCACCGUACGCGGACGACCACCCGCGCGGCCUCGACGGAUCUCCUUGAGCAAUGCUGACAGCGCCUCUCCCUCGGUCGAUCGAAUGAGCUUGGGAGGGAAUCCGAUGAAGAUUGGUACAAUAGGAAUAUGUGCGUUGGAUGUCAAGGCUCGAAGUAAGCCUUCCCGGAACAUUCUCAAUCGUCUGUUGGGCGACCACGGCGAAUUCGACGUCAUCAUAUUCGGCGACAAGGUGAUCUUGGACGAGGACAUUGAGAAUUGGCCUGUCUGCGAUUUCCUCAUCAGCUUCUUCAGCGACGGUUUCCCGCUCGACAAGGCCAUUGCUUAUGCGGCGUUGCGACGUCCAUUCUGUGUCAAUGAUCUGCCUAUGCAAAGUGUCUUGUGGGAUCGGCGCAUGUGUCUGAUGAUCCUCGAUAAGUUGGAAGUACCCACGCCCGAAAGGAUAGAAGUCAAUCGGGAUGGUGGGCCCGUGGUUCUCAGCGCGGACAUUGCCGAGCGCAUGAAGCAAUUGACAGGAGUAGUGCUGGUCGGAGGUGAGAAUGGCGUAGGCGGAGGGUUACCUCCACCAAAGAGUGUCUACAUGGAAGACGACAACGAUACACUCGUCGUCGACGGGAAGCGACUUAGUAAGCCGUUUGUCGAGAAGCCCACCAAUGGUGAAGAUCACAACAUCAACAUUUACUAUCCACGCUCUCAAGGUGGCGGAGGCCGCCGACUUUUCCGGAAGGUCAAUAACAAAUCAAGUGAAAAGGACGAGAAUUUGACAAUUCCUCGAUGCGUCACAGAGCCGGAAGGAUCCUACAUUUACGAACGGUUCUUAAAGGUCGAAAAUGCGGAAGAUGUCAAGGCUUAUACCGUCGGCACGGAGUUCUGCCACGCCGAAACCCGCAAGUCACCCGUUGUUGAUGGUGUCGUCAAGCGCAAUCCUAACGGCAAGGAAAUUCGCUACAUUACAAAGCUGUCGAAGGAGGAGCAACUGAUGGCCUCGAAGAUCGCAUCCGGGUUCGGGCAAAGAGUGUGCGGAUUUGACCUCUUGCGCGUAGAGGAUCGCAGCUAUGUGAUUGACGUCAACGGCUGGUCCUUUGUGAAGGACAAUAACGAAUACUACGAUGCUUCUGCACGCAUAAUGAAGGAAAUGUUCAUUCGGGAGCGUAUGAAGUGGGAUGGCCGUGCAACCCCGAGCGAAGUUGACGAAUCAGAAAAGAUCCUCUCGGAGACGCCGACUUCAGCCCCUGCAGAGAGAACGGGCCUCUUUGGUCGCAAGUCCAUCAGUCAGCGGGACCGAGAGAACCCAGGUGGGCAUCGCAAUACACUUCGAAGUGUGUUCCGCAGCAGGAGUAUCUCUCAGCUUCGCGAAAGUGUACAACAAGCGGCUGGACGUGUUGGUCACCCUCAACCUGCAGCAAAGAGUGCCAGUGGUACCAGCAGUCCUGUCGCAGCAGGCGCCGUCAAUCCGCCAACUGCUGAGCGUGGACCAGAGAGCUAUAGGCACAGCCAUCCUGUAAACAUGGCUAAGCUGGACGAUGCCUUACCUCCCGCAGCAGCUUCUGCCUUUCGCCAUCUUCUCCGCGGCGAUGAUGUCAAGAGUGCAUCCUCUGCAGAGUUCGAAGGAUCUGUCUACUCCGAGGCACCUUCUUCCAUCCCUGCCCCUGCUUCCAAGAGCCAAUGGAAGCUAAAGGGAAUGGUGGCAGUCAUCCGUCAUGCUGACAGAACUCCUAAGCAAAAAUUCAAAUUCACCUUUCACACCAAGCCUUUUGUUGAUCUUCUCCGUGGGCACCAGGAGGAAGUGCUACUUGUGGGUGAAGCUGCGUUGAACAAAGUUCAACAUGCAGUGAGUUUGGCGUUGGCUGAAGGUGUUGAGGAUGUCCAAAAGCUACGAACUCUGCAGAAUGCGCUGGCCAAGAAAGGUCCCUGGCCCGGGACAAAAGUUCAAAUCAAGCCAAUGUUCAAGAAGCCCAAAGAAAAUAAGGACUUGAAGUCUCAGGAAACCGGAACAGUGGAAGCUGGGGAGGUUAAAUCGAACGUUGAGAAUGCCCAGGGACAAGGCGAAGACGCAAAACCCAAAUCUGACCAAUCUGAGGAAAUUGCCGCUGACGGUACUCGCGUGCCUGUCCGAAGCGACUCGAUUGGUGAGAUUACCAUGUCGCGUGCUGCCGCUGCUGAUCAAAAUCUCGUCUUUGACAAGCUACAAUUGAUUAUGAAAUGGGGUGGAGAGCCUACACAUUCUGCACGAUACCAAGCUGCAGACCUUGGCGAGAACAUGCGAAAUGAUCUGCGACUCAUGAAUCGCGAAGUCCUUUCUGAUGUCUCCAUAUUCUCAUCCUCCGAGCGGCGAGUGAAGACAUCGGCUCAAAUCUUCGCCACAGCUUUUCUCGAUCAGAAGGAAGUCGACGAGAGCCAAAUUCUUGUACGCAAGGAUCUUCUCGAUGACUCGAAUGCUGCAAAGGAUGAAAUGGACAAGGUCAAGAAGAAGCUCAAGGGUCUGCUUCGUGAAGGUCACCAAGCUCCUGAGCAAUUUGCUUGGCCAAAAGAUGGCACCCCUGAGCCUUAUCUGGUGGCACGAAGAGUGGUUGAGCUGGUUAAUUUCCAUCGCAAAGUGAUGCGGCACAAUUUCGCGAAAUUGCAAUCCUCUGAUGCGAAGGUGUCUUUGGAGAAAUUCCGCACUCCUUUGCAGUCUCCCACUGCCGACGCCAACGGUGCACCCACUGAGGUCAUUGCCUCGGCCAUCCAGUCACGCUGGUGUACUGGCGAAGAUGCGGACUUAUUCAAGGAGCGGUGGGAGAAGCUGUUCAAUGAAUUCACAGACACCGAAAAAGUCGAUCCGAGCAAAAUCAGCGAACUGUACGAUACGAUGAAGUUUGAUGCCCUUCAUAACCGUCAAUUCCUAGAGUGGAUCUUUACCCCUUCGUCCUCCAUGUUGGCCGAAGAAGGUGAGCAAGAGGCAGUGCCACUGCGCCGGACGGAAUCUAGCGAAGCCCGCGAGCAAUUCGAGCAGUCGCAUCCCAAGCAGGGCUCCAAUAGUUUGGACGCGAACGAAGAGGCCACUGCAAAUCUUCCUCCCUUGAAACGCCAGGACACUUCGGCUAGUAGCACCAAGUCUACUUUGCUGUCGCCAACGGGCGAGGCCAAGGAAGCCCGUGAUCGGACGACACUAUCGCAACGCUUCGGCUUCCGUCGUCGCUCGACCGAGAUUGUCAACCUCGCGCGGAACACGCUCAAUCCUAGCGCUGUCGCAUCUACCGCCGAACCGGACUUUUCUCAAUCUUACUUCAACCUCUACCGAGGUGGUAUGCCCUCAAGCCAAUCCAAGGUCAAAUCUGACGCUCGUUUGGACAAAUUGAAUGAACUCUACAGUCUGUCCAAGAUUCUCUUCGACUUUAUUGGCCCGCAAGAAUACGGUAUCACCGAUCGAGAAAAGCUCGAGAUUGGCUUACUCACCUCCCUGCCUCUACUAAAGGAAAUCGUCCUUGACCUUGAAGAAGUACAAGCCUCUGAAGCCGCAAAGUCCUUCAUUUACUUCACCAAGGAAUCUCACAUAUACACCCUCCUGAACUGUAUCCUCGAGGGUGGUAUUCAAACCAAGAUCUCGCGCAACGCCAUCCCCGAGCUCGACUAUCUCUCGCAAAUCUGCUUCGAGCUCUACGAGUCCGAGAAUGCCGAAGCUGAUAUCAACCCAGACGAUCCCAACCACUCCCACGCGUUCAACUACUCCAUCCGUAUCACCAUCUCUCCGGGCUGUCACACAUUUGAUCCGCUGGACGUGCAGCUCGACAGCAAGCAUUGCAUCGGUUGUGCAGCCCGUCGCGGUCUGACGGCGCACGGAGAUUGGAAGGAGGUGAUUGACACCCUGCGUGCGAAGUUCCACACGGUCAAGUUGCCCCGGAGCUUCACCGCGGUGAACCUCAGCGAGAGAUUUUUGAUGGAGGACGCCGAGGAGCAGAAGUUGACCAAGGUCGAGCAGGCGAACGGGGACGCCGCUGCUGUGACACCUGUUGAGAUUGACGAGAACGUGAAGAAGGCUGUUAUGGAGGCGAGCCAAAUUUCCCCGGCGCAUUGAGGAGCGAGGAUAGAAUGAUUUUAUUGCAUUGGAGAGGUUAUUUUGUCUACGUGGAGGUAAUAUUGAGCGAGCUCUCUUGCAACGGGGACCGGCGGGCUUUUGGAUAUACGGCUAUGUAUUGUUUGUUUUGUUGGAUAUACAUUUUGGCUCACACGAGGAAGGACCGGCGGGCAGUAUUUGUAAUUUCGGAUACCAUGACGGCCAUACACGGAGGGGACAGUCAUGUGAUAUAUACAUAUCAUACGAAUAAAUCGCUGACAUCAGCCGAACUGCAG